AUGUCGAAUAUAACAUCAAUAUUAACAGAUUUACAUUUGUCAUCAAUCGCACGUACUCUAAAUGGUGUAGGUUCAAUUGAAAUUUAUAUGUUAUAUGCUAUUGGUGGUUUUGGUAUAUUAACAAAUUUAUUCACCAUAUUUUGUUUAAUAAUCAUACGAACAUUUCGUACGAAACACAGUUGUUUUUUAUUUCAUCAUUGUCUCAUUGGUUUAACAGAAUCCAUAUUAUGUAUACCAUUUGCAAUGUCCUAUUUCAUGAAUCAGAAAAAUAGUCCAGAAAAAAUGAUCAUUCAUUGUGAUUCAUUGGGACAUAUACAUUUAGCGUGUGUAACAGCUCAAGUAUUAAAUAUUGUGGCAAUGGUAGCUCUAGAAGCAUACAGAUUUGAAGAUUUGUUACAUCACGAGUCAACAACGUCAUUAGCAACAUCAACAUCCGCCAAAACACAACAGGACGAACAACAGUUAUAUCAUGCACAGGAUCAUCACCAUCACAAUCAACCACAACGGAAAUCAAGCGUAUUCAAAUCAACAAUAUCAUGUAGCUGUCUGAUAUUUGGCAUUGUUAUUAUAUGGUGUUCAUCUAUUAUCUUACAUUUAGGUAUUACAUGGAUUGGCUCAGAAGCAAAAAUCUAUUAUCAUACCGAUCAUCGUUAUUGUAAUUUUAUCAUAAGAGAAGAACGUGGCUAUGUAUUAUAUUUAAUGUGGAUUAUAAUCACAUUAUGUUCACUGAUCAUAACAAUUCGAUAUAUUCGUAAAGUGUAUGUAGAAGUUAAACAAAAACGGAAAAAAGACGCACCCUUAUUAUCGUUAUCGAUCAUCAAAGGUGUUGAUAUUGCGAAUAAAGCAUUAAUUAUGCAACAAAUAUUACAACGGAUAACAGCGUACAAUGUCAUAAUAGCACUAUUUAUAUUCUUCUGGUUUCCAUUAUUUAUUGUAACAUUAUGUGACACAAAUCCACUGUGUUAUACGUUAUUAAUACCAAAAUUUAGUGAUCUAUGUUUACCCUGUAUUAGAGACGAUAAACGAAAUCAAUAUGAUACAAUGAAAUCUUAUUAUAAUCGUGUAGGCGAUCGAUUUCACGAUUUAGGUAUGUGGGAAGAACAUCAACGAGAAAAGCAAAAACAAAUAAGGUCUCAAAGACAUCGAUUUUAUCGUUCGAAAAAAUCAAGUGCAACAACAACAUCAGCAGAAGACGACGAGUCCGAAAUGAUGGAAUUAAAUAGACUGCCGAAAAAAACGUUUAUCAAAAAAAAACAGCAACAUCAAUAUUCAAAUCGUCGUGGUAAUAAAUUAAUGAAUAAUACUUAUCGACGACCCAAUGAACAUCGUGAAUUUUUAAACACCUUACCGACAAUUGUUUCUACGUCUACACCACCGUCUUCAUCGCCUACAUUUAAACGAACGCUAUUUUCCGAUUCAAGUCGUACAACUACGCAUCAACCUCAAUCAUCGCCAUCACAACAUGCACAAAUAACAAGAAAUUCUUCUACAUCAUCGACUUCAUCGGUUUCUAGUCUUACAAAUGUGACGCCUGAAAAACACCAUUAUAAUAAAGCUGAAUCAAUUCGCUACCAACAACCACGACGUAUUCCUGUUGGAAGGCAGCAACAACACUAUACAGUUUAUAAUCAGCAGCAACCUUAUCAUAAAAAACGUCUGAUACAUUCCGAUGAGCAACAACGAAAACAACAAUUGAGCAAUGGCCUCUUGAUUAAAAUUAGUAAAAGAUAG